GGCAGUCGUGCCGGCUAUCAGUAUUAGCCCGGCCAUCCUCUCGCUCGGUUCGCCGGUCGCUCGCACUCGUCUAUACGUUUUCCUCUUCUUCUCCUGCUUCUUCUUCUUUUGUCGGAGUUGACAAGUGGUGCGCGGACACGUGAUCGCACGUCGGGUCGAAGAUCGCGCGCUUAUUCGAAGAAUCUAAUCUCGCCGUUAUUACAGUCGUAUAUAAAAGCAAAGUGUGCGUGGUAUGUUCGCAACUCUCAAGAUGUUGUUCGGGGAAGACUCGAGUGCGUGGCCGAUCUUCGAGUGCAGCGAGUUGUCGAUGACUGAGUGUAUAAGGACUGAAAAUCAGUGAACUGAAGAGAAAGUGUUGCUUGACGUAUAAAGCGGAAAUCAAAUCUGCCGCCAACGCCAGACUCGUAUGCUAUACGUAUAUAAUACAAUAGUCUACUUGUAACACGUAAACAGAGACACACACAAACGAGAGCCCGCGCGAAAGUCAAGGUCAUCAGAGCGUGUGUGUCUCGGCGAUUAAUUCGCGCGCGCGCAAACACUACUCCGCUGAAAAUAAACGGCGGAGAUGAGGAAAUUCUGGCCAACUUUAACCUGUGGAUGGAGGUGAGAGCCUGUGUCGUCGGCCGGCGUCGCAGUUUUUCGAGGAUUCGAAACCAGUGAAAGAUCGAAGAAGAAAGAGAGAGAGAGAGAGAGAGAGAGAGUUAGUGCGCGCGUGGAUAAGCCGAUUUCGACGGUGUUGUGAAAAUUCCGACUUGGACAUGAUGCUGUCCUUGAAACAGUACACACCAGCGGAGCCGAGGAAGCACCGUUCGCCGCAUGGGUGCCUGGGCUGAAGAUCGCGGCCGCGCGGAGGUGGGGGAGGAGGAGGCGGUGUUGAAAACUCUCCUGCACUCACCCUAUCCAUCACGAUCUGAGCAGCAGCAGCAGCAGCAGCAGCAGCAGCCCACCAACGUCGUCGUCGUCGUCGUCGGUUCAUCUUCAUCAUCGAGAAAGUCGACUCGACGACCAGCUCGUCAAGGGCUAAUUCAUCCCAGCAGUGUCCUGCCGCCUUAUUGGCGCGGCUUCGGCGAUGCUGCAGCCGUUCGCUACCCCCGUCGCCAGUUGCAACCCCUUCGCAGACAGUUUAGCCGGCAGCUUUACGAGUGGUUACCCCUGUUCAGAUCUAGGACGAAACUAAUUUUCCAUUAAGAGUAAAAAAAAAGAAAAUACGAGUGUUUCUCUGUCUGUGUGUCUCUCUCUCUAUCUCUUUUUCCGCGUAGUGUGUGGUAUCGGGUACCGCGUGUGACAAGUUCCAUACCGAGUGCGAUUAAUGGCGGAUUGGACGAAGAGCCUCGCCGGCGAGCAGAGCCUCGUGCCGGUGAGCAAGCUCGGCUACGAGAACAAUUUGGCCCUCGUGAGCGACUCGGCAGACGAGGAGGCCAGCGAGAGGAUACUCGAGAGGAACGACGAUGGCAGCCUCGAGUCCGGCGCCAAAAUCAGGAGGGAGGCUCGGAAGGAGCUCGACCAGCAGCAGCAGAUGUCGUCGCCCAGGAGGCCGAGCAGUCUCUACAGGGAGGACAGCAGCGUUCCUGGCUCGCAGAAGAUCAAGAACAUAUUCGCCAACGAGAAGAUUGGCAACGGCGAGGCCAAGAACAACCAUCACGUGCAGUUUAACCGACAGCUGAUCAAAGACGUGAACGACGAGGACGAGGAGGAAGACGACGAGGACGACGAGAAAAAACCCUCCAGGGCGAGUCCCUCGAUCUCCACGUCCUCCUCGUCGUCGGACGACAAUAGUAGCUUGGACCAGCUCUCGGAAGCUCGUCCUCCCGACGGAGGCUGGGGUUGGGUGGUGGUCGCCGCCGCGUUCAUGGUCAACCUCAUCGCCGACGGCAUCACCUUCAGCUUCGGCGUUAUCUACCACGAGUUCCUAACCUACUUCGGCGAGGGCAAAGCUACGACCUCGUGGAUCGGCUCGUUGUUCAUGGCGAUGCCUUUGCUGUCGGGACCGAUAGCUAGCUUCCUCACGGAUCGGUACGGCUGUCGAAAGGUCACGAUAGCGGGCAGCAUUCUCGCCACCACGGGCUUCGUCAUCAGCUACUUCGCCAACAGCAUGGGUAUGCUGAUCCUGACGUUCGGUGUACUGGCCGGUUUCGGACUGUCGCUCUGCUUCGUCGCGGCGGUGGUCAUCGUCGCCUACUACUUCGACAAGCGGAGGUCCUUUGCCACUGGACUGUCGGUUUGCGGCAGUGGAAUCGGCACCUUCAUCUUCCCGCCGCUCAUACAGAUGCUCAUAGACGAGUACACCUGGCGAGGGACGACGCUGAUUUUGGCGGGGCUGUUCCUCAAUCUGGCGGUAUGCGGCUGUCUCAUGAGGGACCUCGAGUGGACGACGACGAGGGCGAAGGUGAAGACGGAGGAGCGAAGGAGGAACCGGGAGAAGAAGAGGUUCAGGCUGCAGAGCUCCAGCGCCGACUCGUUCUCGGCUAGCAGCUCGGCCAACACGGCGCAGACGGUUCACGGCGACCCUAAGCGAACAUCCGCCAACGCGAUGAUCAUCGAGGGUCUGAGGCUGCAAGAGGAGCAGGACGGAGACAAGCUGUUCUCGAGUCUGGUCAGUCUGCCGACUUUCGUGAAGAACGGAGAGAAGGUGCCAUUAGAGGUGCUCGAGCUGCUCAGCACCAGGAAGAACGUUUACAACGUGCUGCUGCAGAACUACCCCAAUCUGCUGAUAUCGUCGAGGAGCUUCAGCGACUCGAGCGGACUGAACGACCAGUUCAACUCGCCGUCGGCUAGGUUCGUACCAACCAUCAGUCCGCUGGCUGUGACGGCCCUCGAGACUGGAGAGGCUGGUCCACAGCAGCAGGAGCAGCAACGCCGAGAUAGCCAUCAACACCAUCAUCACCAGCCUGGCGAGGAUUCAUCGCACAACUGGCUCCGCAAGGUCAAUCAUCCGGAUGGGCAGCUACGUCGGUCUAGCGCUUCCGAGCACUCGCGCCGACUGCCUACCGCCUACCUCAAGGACAUCCGAGUUCAUCGCCACAGCUUGACCUAUCGCGGCGCCAUGCUCAACAUCAACCGGUACCGUCUGCGCGCGAGCAGCUGUCCCGACAUCUACCGCAACUCCAUGACCACCAUCGCCAAGCAGAAGAUGGUUUGGUACUCUGGUCUCUGGGAAUUCUGGGACCUGCUGGUCGACAUGCUCGACUUCAGUCACUUCGCCGACUCGAAGUUUCUCCUCUUCUCCAUUAGCAAUUUUCUCCUGCACACCUGGUACGACGUGCCUUACAUGUAUCUUACCGACAACGCUAUCCAGCAGGGAUUCUCCGAGGCGGACGCGUCCCUGCUCAUAUCCGUUAUCGGUAUUAUGAAUAUGGCUGGCGAGAUUCUUCUCGGUUGGGCGGGCGACCGCGCCUGGGUGAACCCUUCGCUAGUGUACGCGAUCUGCAUGGCCCUGUGCGGUGCAUUCACAGCGCUCAUACCUAUGGCGAUCCAGAGCUACUACCUGCUGAGCUCGAUCGCCGGUGCCUUCGGCUUCUUCAUCGCCGCUAACUACAGCCUGACCAGCAUUAUUCUCGUCGAGGCUAUCGGCCUCGAGCGAUUCACCAAUGCUUACGGACUGCUACUGCUCGUCCAGGGCAUCGCAAAUCUCAUGGGCCCGCCGCUUGCAGGUUGGCUAUGCGACGUCAGGGGCAACUACAACCUGUCAUUCUACCUGGCGGGUUUGUUCAUCGCCAUCAGCGGCGUAGUCUUAAUGGUCAUGCCGCUGAUGGACACGUAUCGUCGCUGGAAGAAGUCAGCGGAGGAAGAACGAGCCAACGCCGUCAGUCGAGAUUUCGCCCAGAUCAACAACGUCUGAACGAUUACUUAGGCCAACUUAUAUCACAUAUGUACCACCACAACGACUCAUCGCACGAUGUACAAUGCAACCAAUGCGAUGCGAAAAGAAGCACCGCAGCAACGACCAUCAGACGCGCUUUCCACAUCCGCACGUGCAUAUGAUAUUGUACCUUAUAUUAUAACGAGCGAGGAAUUGCAAGAGAACGAACAAAAAAUUAUAAUAAAACAUAAACGCCAUACUGCACAACGCGCGUCGAAGAUCGCGAAGCACUUUUGUAUUGCGCGCGUAUAAUAUGUAUAUCUAUAUCUCUUUGUAUCGAAGGAUAUGUAGGAAAAGCACGCGAGCGGGCGACUUGACAUUGAAGUUAGCUAUUCAGGAUUCUAUAUCCAUCUAUCUAUCUAUCUAUCUCUGUCUGUUUCUCCUUUUGUCUGAGUAUGUAUACUUAGAGAGAUUCGGUGUAUGAAAACAAUUUUGACGAGAGGCGGUCGGCUGAAGCCGAAAUUUUUCGUAUAUCAAUAAGUAUGUAUAGGAGGUGAUCGUUAGCGCAGCGCGGAGGUCGUCCGAUCGACUGGAGUUGCUUUAGGUAAUUUUAGUUUGUUUUAAAUCCGAAAUGAGUAAUUUUAGCGGUGCUGAACAGCAUUAAUUUACUCUUACGGAAUCAUUGAAUCAUAUAUUAGCUCUCACUGCUAUCGCAUUGAAUGUAUUCUUGAUUUUAGACUAUCUGUGUUAUUUUAUUCAUUCGGUUGAAAAUUUUCAUUUUGUCUGCUACGAGUUUUGCUAUAUUUUUGAAACUGAACAAAGUAAUGUGGUACAAUAUAUAAAUGAAUGUCCGUCGUGAUGAAAUAAACGCGAUGUACCAAAGUAUUAUUCACGAGCAUUGCAUACUUCUGCCAAAAGAUGAAUUUUGUUCCAGUUUUGUAUAUCGAGGCAAAGUGAGAAUUUUUAAGGAGCUCAGUCGAUUGUCAGCUCUCUGACGCAGUGGCGCCAUUCCUCUUUUUCUCCUCGAGAAGAAAAACAAAUAAUAAUUAAAAUGUAAGAUUAUAUAAUUAAUAAAAAAAAUUGUAGCCUUUCGGUAGUGUCCGUGGACCUCCGAGUGUCUUUUGAAUUAAGAAUUAAUGAACAAAAAAGAAGCAAACUCUUCCAAUAUUGCGCGUCGACCGUAGUUCAGGCGUCUCUCUCGCUAUAAAGAGACAAUUUUUUUCGGUAUGUAUACAAAGUAUGAUAUUUAUGAAUAAAUACAUAUACAUCUAUCGAUCGCGGAAGAACCAAAGACACGACGUCGCUUCUUGCAAAGUUACGCGACGCACUUUCUUUGCGAUCGCGAUGCGAGUUAAUUAAGCAAGCAAGCAAAGAAUUCAUUAUAACGAGGAGGUGAAAAAGUAUAUAUAAAAAAAAAACAAUGUUAGCGUUUAUAAUACCGUACGAUGUAAGCUGUAUAGAAAACCAAUUUACAAACUAGAAAUAAUGUACAAAUAAUAGGUAAAAAACACGCCGUGUAGCGCGCCGUUUUCGACUCGGGCGAUCGUAGGUUACUUUUGUUGACUCUGUCUGGAGCGUUUGUAUCGAUCCCGUAAUUUAAUCAAUAUUUUUGCGAUUUUCCCAUACACACAUGUGAUAACAAAAUUAGAGUUAAAGUAUAAUACUUUUUGCGAAUUUGGAAAGAAAGGAGAACGAGCCGUUUGAAGGUAUCGAUUUGAUUCGAGGUCACAGUCCAUUUUCUUAAAAUUCUGAAAUCGGAUCGCCCGAGUGGAUUCGUUGUGAUUCGGUAGUUUUGAAUCUCAGGAUAUUAAUCGGUUACUGUCUGAUCGUGUGUAAUUGAUUGCCAAGAGCGCAAGACAUUUUUUCAUGUUUAUUUCUCUUUUUUACAUAGACAUCGACCGACUUUGGUUGAAAAUUAAUCCGAACACGUAAAAUCGUGUACUUUCUUUUUUUCUCUUGUUGGUUGCGAUUGUUACUUUGCGAUUCAACAAAGCUUUGCGAGAAAGUAUGUGAUUUGUAAUAAAAUAAUUUUCAUUUUUCUUAAAGGUGCGUUACCUAACCGCCAUAAAUGCGUUGUACAGAGCUACGUUUAAUUAGCAUUAACUGUCAUUAGUUGAUCUGGUUGUCACAGUUAAGCGUAUUGUUUUUUUUUGUACGUAUAAGUUAGGAAUUUUUGAUUUAAGUUUUCCAUUUCUUAUUGUCUAAGUGAUAUUCGUUCCUAAGUCGUUCAAGCCUUUUGUGUUUUAUUUGUUUCUUCGCCAUUAUUAAUUUAACUGAUGAAUACUGUAAGAAUAUACUAUGCUUGUAUACCGACGUGUAAGAAAGCAGAUUAUUUUGUAUAAUUGCGCAUGUAGGAGGUGAUUUGAUGGAGAAAGAAAGAAAAAUGAAUUAAAGGUUAUUUUUGUAUAACUCUGCCGAGUAUUUUUUAUUGAUUGCAAGUAGACGUAACAACGUGUGGCGUGACUAUAUUAUAUAUAUAUGUCAUGACUUCGUAUAAUAUUAGGGUGAUUUAGGACAUAGUAAGAUAUGUCGUUUGUGUGAAAAAAAAUGUAAGUGAGAAAUCGAACAACAAAGACUAGUCAAUAAUUGGAAUGAAACGACCAUUACAUAAGAUUUAAUUUAAUAAAUCAUUCAGUAUA